AUGUCAAUCAAUUCAUUUGUUGCAGAAUUAACUUCUUGUAAAUGCACACAAGCACUUCUUUAUGUUGCUGUAGUAGUUGGUGUUUAUAAGCUUACGCUUUUUUCAUUGAGUACCAUUUCACUUGUGGCAGAUUUAUUUAUUCUUCCAUCAACCAAUUGGAGUAAGUACGGUGCCAAGAAGGGUAACUGGGCUGUUAUUACCGGUGCUUCCGACGGGAUUGGUAAGGAAUAUGCCACUCAAUUGGCUGGCCGUGGGUUCAAUGUUGUAUUGGUAUCCAGAACUCAAUCUAAAUUAGAAUUGAUCGCUGAAGAAUUGGAAUCCAAGUAUAAGAUUCAAACUAAGAUUGUUGCCUUUGAUGCCUCCACCGACAAGGAAGCCAACUACCAACUUCUUGCCUCUUCCAUUGAAGGUCUUCCAGUAACUAUUCUUAUCAACAAUGUUGGUCAAUCCCAUUCCAUUCCAGUCCCAUUUUUGGAAACUACUGAUAAAGAACUCAGAGAUAUUGUUACCAUUAACAACACCGCAACUUUAAAGAUCACUCAAACCGUGACUCCAUCCAUUGUAAAGACCGUUGAAACUUCUAAAAAGCAAGUUCGUGGUUUGAUUUUAACCAUGGGAUCAUUUGGUGGAUUAUUACCAACUCCAUACCUUGCUACAUACUCUGGUUCCAAGGCAUUCCUUCAAGCAUGGUCUGCUGCUCUUGCAGGUGAACUCAAGCCAUCAAACAUUGACGUUGAACUUGUGAUUUCAUAUUUGGUUACUUCCGCCAUGUCCAAGAUCAGACGUUCAUCUGCCAGUAUUCCUACUCCAAAGGCAUUUGUCAAGUCUGUUUUGAAUUCCGUUGGACGCCGUGGUGGUGCUCAAGAUAGAUUUGCAACCAUGACUCCAUACUGGGCUCAUGCAUUGAUGCAUUUUGGUAUUGAAAAUACUGUUGGUGUCUACCUGAAGGUUGCCAAUACUUUGAAUUUGGGAAUGCACAAGAGUAUUCGUACCAGAGCUUUAAAGAAGGCCCUCAGAAAGAAGGAGCAAUAG